AUGGCGUCGAAUGAACAUAUAGAAUCCCACGUAAAAGUUAGUGAAAAUCGCGAAUUAUCGGAAGAUGACUGUAGUUCUAGUAGCGAAACGGAUGCCGGCGAAGAUGUUAAGCAUCGCAGAGUGACUCAUGGCUAUAAGAAACUUUCGAAACUGGGAUACGAUCCAAGUGUGUCAACUGAUUCGAAACACGCAUCUAGCGAUUCUAAAGGUAGAAAGCGCAAACACAGUGAUGACUCCAAGGACAUAUGCGUUUGGGGCGAGAAUUCCAAACCUGCUAAGCUCAGUAAAAUUUGGCCUGUCUUUGAUUCAGGAGGAUAUGGAGAUGCAGCAAUACUUACUCUUCAUGUUCUGCAGAAAUCUCCAAACAUUGUUAAUCCUCUACUGUUUAAUCAAGAUAAGGAUUUCAGCUUGUUGGAGAUUCACCCAGAACCGCUAAAAGAAGAUUGGUUUGGUGGAAUUAGUGCUUCAUGGAAACAGACCAGAUUAACGAACACUAUACCACGCGAUGAUGUCACAAAGCGUAUUUUCUCUUCAGUGUCGCGUCAGUUGAAAAUAAUCAAUGCACAUUUUCAAAAGUCCAUGCCUAGGUACAAGUAUCCUAGAGUAACAAGGUCAAAUGUUCUUCUGGAACAUUCUAACCAUAGACGUCCAGCUACACACUUCAGUAUGGCUCUCAAAGCUAUUAAAUUCCAAACAACACCGCGUCGAGAGUUGCCUUGCUAUGGUAAUCUAGAGUUGCCAUUAAAGAUUAAACAAGAGAGGGCAACAUCCCCUCAAGUCUUCCCCACUAUUUGCACCAGUGUAAAAACAGAACCUACUAAAGUGAAAAGUGAAGUUAAAGUGAAAGUGGAACUUGAUAGAGUGAAGUUGGAGAGAGAAAGGGAAAAGGAGAAAGAGCGAGAUAAAGAGAAGGAGCGAGAAAAAGAAAAGGAACGAGACAAAGAGAAGGAGAAAGACAAAGAAAGGGAAAGAUCGUCGCACUCUUCGCGACAUUCGUCCUGCCAGCAGUGCAGAAGACGAGCGCGUGUGAAACGUUGCUCGAUCGGAGUGCAGUGUCGUCGCGAGCGCUCUGUCACGGCUUGGGGGCCGAGGGCGCCCUGCGUUGACAUCAAAGGCCUAAAGUAUCACAGGUUAAUGCGGGUGGAAACACAUCCUAACGGUGGUGCAAGUGUUGUGUACCUUUACCAGCAUGAUGUGGACAUGCUGAGUGAGCACCAGCAAGAGUCACUUGCCAAGGAAUUUUUAAAGCUGGUGUUCUCGGAGGACGCGUGCGGGUGGGCGCAGUUCGUGUGCGGCGUGGUGCGCGGCGCGGCGGCGCGGCUGCCCUGCCUGUUGCGCUAUCUGGCCGAGCGCCACCCCACGCUGCCCGUCAAGGCGGGCGUGCUGGCGCGCGCCUCCGACAUCGAGACCACCAACGUGGCGCGCUACCACCACCAGGUGCAACAGACGUACGCGGCGGGCACGUUCCGCUGCGGGCCACUGCAUCAGAUCUCGCUGGUGGGCACCGUGCACGAGGAGGUGGGCGGGUACUUCCCCGACAUGCUGGAUAUGCUCGCGGAGUGCCCGUUCCUCAAACUGACAAUGCCUUGGGGUCCGAUGUCAGCAGUUGAGAUGGAGCCACAAGAGUCUAAUGACGGUCCGAUCCUAUGGAUAAGGCCGGGAGAACAACUGGUGCCUACGGCUGAGCUGGGGAAGAGUCCGAUCAAGAAGAGACGAACUGGCAUCAACGAGUUGCGUAAUCUGCAAUAUCUGCCGCGUUGGAGUGAAGCGAGGGAAUUCCUGUUCGAAGACCGCACGCGUGCACACGCAGACCACGUGGGGCACGGUCUGGACCGGAUCACCACGGCCGCUGUCGGUGUUCUAAAAGCGAUCCACUGCGGUGACGAGAGCGACCGCGGCAGGAUCACGAAGGACGUGGUGGCCUUCCACGCGGCCGACUUCAACAAACUGGUGCAGUUGCUGCAGCUCGACUUGUACGAGCCUCCUAUAUCACAGUGCGUCACCUGGCUGGAGGAGGCGAAGCUGAACCAGCUGCGGCGCGAGGGCGUGCGCUACUCGCGGCUGCCGCUGUGCUCGGAGGACGUGUACUUUCUGCCGCGCAACAUUAUACACCAGUUCCGCACCGUCUCCGCCGUCACCUCAGUCGCGUGGCACCUGCGCCUGAAGCAGUACUACCCGUCGUCGGAGGCGUCGUCGCCCGCCGAGGAGCGGCCGGCUGAGCCGCCACCGCACGUGCACCGCAUGGAAACUAAAAAGUCGUCGACUACAAAACACAAGAGCGGCGUGAUAGAGAUGAGAGCACUUAGCGCUAAAUAUAAAGAAAAACCGGACUUAAAGAUAUCUGAGAGCAGGAAGAGUACAGACGUUCAAACCAAAACAGAAAAACAUUUAGAGGACAAGAAGGAAAAGAAAACAGAGUCGAGGCACGAGAAAUCAGACAGAACAGAACAGAAGUCGGAAAAGGCCUCACAUAGGCAUAGAGACAGCGAUAAACACAGAUCGGAGAGAAGAUUGUCCGAUAAAUCAGAUGGAAAGUCUACCGAUAAGACUGAAGCAAAGUCCGAAAAAAGUGAAGUUAGGUUACCAGAACCAGUGAAGUCUGAAAGUAGAACACCAGUAAAAUCAGAAAGUAGGUCUGAAAAAGUAGAAACUGUUACUUCCGAUAAAGCGGAGAAAGGUGAGUCUGAUAAAGUGGUUGAUAACAGAACAGAGAAGGUGGAAAGUCGAACAAGCGAUAAAGAUUACAAAUGUUCAGAUAGGUUAGAGAACAAAUCAGUUGAGAAAUCGGAUAAUAAGUUAUCUGAAAAGUCAAGUUCCAAGUCGAUUGAUAAACCCGAAAUCAAACUUGACAGAUCCGAAGUAAAAUUAGAUAGGAUGGAGAGUGGACCUUCCGAAAAAUCUGAUAAUCGAUCGACUGAGAAAACAGAAAGCAGAUCAGAUAAAUCCGAAUGCAGAUUAUUACGUCAUGCAGAAAAUAAAUCCCCCGAUAAAUCGGAUAGUAGAACGUCAAAUAAAGUAGAUUACAAGUCUGACAAAACUGAAGUGAAAUCGUCCGAUAAGUCGGAGAGCCGGUCAUCCGAUAAAUCGGAUCACCAUAGGAAACACUCUUCGUCCAGAUCCCAUAAAUCCCAUAGGGAUCACAAAGACCGGUCCCAGAAACACAGAGAACAUAGGAAGGAGCACAAAGGUGACGAUCAGAAGUAUUCAGAUAGGCACAGAGACAGAGAGAGUAGGAGAGAGACUAAAGCAGUUGAGGCGAAGCUGUUGAGUGCAAAGUUGCAAGAAAUAGUGCAUCGGCCCCCAGAUUAG